AUGUCCUCCCAACAACAAACCGGCGGCACCGCCCUCCAAACACCGGCCGCCGACCGCGGUUUAUACUACCUCUGCGAGCGCUGCGACAACCGCGUCGAGCUCCGGAAAGGAGAGCUGAUCCGUUGCAAGGCCUGUGGCAGCCGCGUCUUGUAUAAGGAGAGGACGAAGAGUAGGAUGGUGCAGUUCGAGGCUCGAUGA